AUGCUAUGUGCACACGGCCCCGAAGUGGAAUGGCUAAUUUGCACAAUCUGGGAAGCCCGGCCUUCUCCCUCUCAGUUCCUCCGCAAUCGACUUACCAGAAAUCGUCGUGGCAACUCCACUUCAACCCCCCACUCUUUCCCGGUGCCUAUACUUAGCCCUUUGAAAAGUCUUCCAGUACCUCCCGCGUGGCAGCCCGUCAGAAGCAUGCCUCAUAAGAAUCUUUGUGGCGACGGUCGAAGCCUCCUCACUCAACUUCUGAAUCAAACCACCUUCCGGCUUCGUACUACUACUACCUCCUAG